AUGAACGAACUAUUUGACGUGGCUGUAAUCGGAGCUGGCAUGGCCGGGAUCAUUGCAGCUCGUGACCUCAGUGAGAAAGGCUAUGAAGUGGUUUUGUUAGAGGCCCGUGACCAGAUUGGAGGACGAACCUAUAUGGAUCAUGCUUGCGGCACAGUAAUGGAACUUGGAGGGGCCUAUGUUCACUGGACACAACCGCACAUCUGGAGAGAGCUUCAGCGUCUUGGAAUUACCGUCAACGCCCCGAUGCAGGAAGGAAGGAGUUACUGGCUUGCCGAUGGGGCCGUAAACUCUGGUACCUCCGAAGACUUCUAUGGCAGGGUGACUCCACUUCGGGAACAACUAUUCGCAGAUAGCCGUGCUCGAUUCCCGAUGCCGUUCGACCCUACCGCACUCGACAACACGGAGAUUGAGAAAGAGUCAAUUGAGGACCGCAUCAAUUAA